CUUGUGAUUGCUAACUUUUGUUUUACGAUGGAGUGCGAUUGCUAACUAUUAUUGCUUGGUUGAUGGAAAGAUUUCCUUGUUAUUGUUGUUGUUGUGGUGGUUGUGGCAUCAUGGUGCUAUUUGUCAAGCUAUUUAUUACAUUGAUGGAGUCAAAUUGACUCAUGCAAUGGAAUAAAAAGCAAAUAUCUGAGCUGCAUAGAGAAACGUUUUACCUUGGGGAAAAACAAACUGAUAAUGGAAAGCUGACUUGCCUGAGAAAAUCGUGGAAGAUUGCUGUCACAGGAAACAACGAAGGAAAGACAUUAAAUAUAAAGGAUGUGAUGUAGUAAGCAUAAUGAAAGUUUGUGCUUUUGUUAAAGAAUGGUAUUCACACAAUAAUACCAUCAAAGAGUAACCCAAGUUCCCAACAACAAGAACAGAGAAUUACAUCAUGCUUGAUCACUGCCAGGUGUACGUCAUCCUAGUGUUCUUUAAACGAAUAAAAUUGUUGGACAAUUGAGAAUAAUCCAACAUAGCUAAGGAACUACAAGUUUAGCUAUAUGCAUUUUACAAGUUGAGCCAUAACCUCUGAGCUCAAUCUUUUGGGUUGUAAUGGAUUCUCUGUCAAUGGACUAGCAAGUAUUCUAGCAAAGUUGUUUGCAUUGUGCUUCAUUUAUCAAGUGCAAGAGUUUCUCUAACAACCAACUGUAGCAUGUAUUUCUUUUGGAAAGGGCUUGGUCUAAGACUAUUAAGUUAAUUCUGACACAUCAUUCAUUGGAGACCUUCAAUCCAGUAUUGACUUUUUACCUCUAAUGCCUGUAUUGGAGUUCAUUUAUGGUAGACUUCUAAUUCAGUAUUAAAUUUUAGUUUCCUUUUACGACUAUUAAAUGCUUGACACAAAGAGAAGUUAGAUGUUACUUUUAUCACACUCCUCUUCCUAAUUGCCUAUCUUCUCUUGGACCAUGCCAGCCUUAUGAUCUUAUUCCUUUCGGCAAGAAAGGCUGUGCACUAAAUUCAGAAGUCAACAAAAUUAGUUACAUACAUAUAUUGGCCUUCCUCAAACUAAGUUCAGUGCCUUCUGGUACAUUUACAUGGUUUUACAUAGUAGAUUAGAAUCUUUGAACACUUUUUUAUUAGUCUUUAUACGCUUGUGUAAGUUGUAAGUUCAUAAUUUGAGGUUUUGCAAUAAGUACCCUGCAAAAGGUCAUUAAAAAUGUAUAUAUAUAUACAUCAUCACUGGUAUGGUUAUGAGAUUUAAUUUAAGAGGGGUUAUACAUGUAAAUUAAGAUACUCUUAUGGUCUCGAAGUACAAAUAAACAAUAGACAAGCCUCUUAUGGUCUUGAAAUACAAAUUAAGAUGCUUCUGGGGUCACAUAACUGUUAUGUGCUCAUUUUCUAUUAUGGGUUAAGGCAUAAUAUUGAUGUUUGUAUUCAGAUCCCUUUAUUCAUGAGUGAACUUUCCUGAUCAAGGCACACACAGGUUGAUAAUCAGCGCAGAAGCAGAACCAUUUGAUUAAUUUAUUGAGUUUUUAUUUUCCAGCAGUGGCUGGUGAACUUCUUGUUUGUACUGUGGCGCUCAAGUCAAAUGGGAAACUGCAUAAGAAAGAAUGUGAGAAAUAGUGGCAAUGAAGAUGAGGUAGAUUUUCGAGGUGGAAAUGUGCAUGUAAUAACCAGCAAAAGUGACUGGGAACAGAAGAUUGCAGAAGCAAACAAGGAUGGCAGGAUAGUUGUGGCAAACUUCAGUGCAACUUGGUGCAGUCCAUGCAGGACGGUUGCACCUGUUUACAGGGAGCUAUCUGAAAAGUAUCCUUCACUGAUAUUCGUGACAAUAGAUGUGGAUAAUUUGAUGGAUUUUUGUUUGUCGUGGGACAUCUCAGCAACCCCCACAUUCUUCUUUCUGAAAGAUGGGCAGCAGCUGGAUAAGCUCAUCGGUGCCAAUGGGCCUGAGCUUGAGCAUAAGAUACGCUUGCUGGAUCAAUCAUGCCAAGCUCCAACUGAUGCUACUCUCCCGCUACGAUGAAGAAAGGUAUAAAUUGCCCGUAAAUCUAGAUAUGUUGAUCCUACUGUUUUUCCUUUUUUGGUAAAGUUUUCAUGUACGUUCCUCAUGGGUUGUCUCUCAGGGUCUCCCAUCUUCUCUCAGCCAAAAUGUGGUGCAUAUUGCUUGAUGUUUUAGGUUAAAAAUAUAUAUCAUAUAGAAUUUGUUAUCAGCAACAUUAUACCACUGACAAUCAAUUUAUCGUUUAUAUAGUUCGUCUUGUUAUGUUUA